AUGACAAGUCCUAAGGUAUCCUAUCGGCGGGUGGCCCAACAAAAAGAAGCACCGGUACCUGAUGUAUCUCAACCUGCAGAAUUCAAGUCUUUUCAAGAAUCAUACAGAUCCUGGGAAGGUUCAACCAUGUCACAGGAAGAGAAACAGGCAUCGUUAGUCAGGAGUAGAUCCAGCCACCUCCAAGUCCAAGAAGGAGCCUUCAAGAAGCUUAAAGUAGAGACGACUUGCAGUUCGACGCUGGGAUCUGCAGGGCUGUCUACAAUCGUGGGAACGGGAGGAAGCGGCACCCCGGCGGCCACUGCCGUUAACUGUCCGCCUACUCCUGCUCGUCGCCGCCAUCGCACCACCUUCACGCAGGAGCAACUGCAAGAGCUUGAGGCCGCCUUCGCCAAGAGCCACUACCCUGACAUCUACUGCCGGGAGGAGCUUGCCCGGAUCACCAAGCUCAACGAGGCCCGGAUACAGGUGUGGUUCCAGAACCGACGUGCCAAGUACCGUAAACAGGAGAAACAACUGCAAAAAGCUCUUGCCUCUCCUUCCAUUCUUCCAUCUUGUAAUGGAGCCAUGAUGAGAAACAUCUACUCCUCAGCAUCUCCUACUCCUCGGCCGUAUCAGUAUACCCACCACAGUCCGAUCAACUCGGUAGGAGCAGCGCGUUACCAGCCCAUGACUGCAGCAUCUUACCCACCAAUGGCAACCCAACCAUUCUCCAUGUCUCACGCGGCUGCACACAACAUGGCCGUUAUGCGUCAAGAACACGAGGAAGACUGGUAUAAUAAAGGAUUUCUUCGAAUGAACUCAGCCCCACACCCCAAUCUUCCAGCACCCAUGCUUCAGUAUCAAACGUAAGCAGUAAGUCGCUUAGGACCAGAUUUGAGAAGAAAAAAAAGACGAAGGAAAAAAACACACACACACACACACAACCAAAACUUGAACCUUCGUAACAGAGUGUCAUUCAUAAAUCACGGAGUGUUCCAAGAAGCACAUCCGAACUUAUGAAUUUUUUAGUUUAGCCAUUUCUACGUGGACUUCAACUUAUUUUAAAGGUUUCGAUUAGUUUCCGAAGGUGCUGUGUUUACCUUAAAGUUAAGGCAGCACGGGACUUUCAAGGAUGCGCCGUUCAUAUACAUGUCUAUGGCUACUCCUGAGCCCGUGAUGCCUCGUGACAUAGCUGUAGCACGGAAGCUUUAUGUUACUGUGUUAAUAUGUUUAGUUAAAAGAAUCAAUAGCAUAUUUUACUGCAAAUUAUUUCAACUUUAAAGAAUUUUCUUUGUAGUUGUUUAGCAUGCUAUUUGAAGGCAGGACAAAUAGUGAGGGUUAAACCUCCUCUCUUCUAUGUUUAUUGCACUUUUUUUUUUUGAGAAAAAAAAAUUCAAACGUAACUUGCAGUAGCUUUACCCUCCAAACAACCCAUGUUCUCACUCUAGAGAUAUAAACAGAAAGUUAUUUAUAAUAAAUCCUCAUGUCUAGAUCGUUCUAAACCCACGACUAAUUAUAACUUAAUGAAGUGUAAAUACGAAUGUUUGUUUUGGAAGAAACUAUGUUGUUAUGGCUGUGUAUAUAGUAUCAUAACUAGUGUGAUCUCGUCUAUGGGUAGUUAUGUGUGCAA